AUGCGCUUUCUUGUGUCCAGCAUCAGUUUUCUGGCCUUACUCACCCCCGCAAUAUCCUCGAAUCCCACUGCGGUCGAAGCAACCAAAUUCUCCCUGAUCUAUGGCUAUCCUCUGCUGCCAUUUACCCAAUGGGCCGUCCCUAUCGUCUCCAGUCACUAUGGAACCAAUAGCUUCAAGCACAACCGACAGCUGUCCACAGCAGCCGACCAGGCCGUCGUGCGUCCCAAUGUUGAUACGCUUUACUCGCAGGCCAUUCUAGAUCUAUCCGCGAAUGAUUUGGUUAUUGAGAUUCCGCUAAUAACGCACCGUUACUGGGUGUUUCCAUUCUACGAUGCCUACGGCAAUAACUACGCCAAUCUGGGAAGCUCCCAUCACAAUAUUCCAGGAAGAUAUCGAAUUCGCUUUGCGAACAGCGCUACAGAGAAGCCAGGAGUUUAUCUAUGCAAUCAGGGAGCAAAGAAUAACAGUCUCUCUAACGAUACAUGCGCUGGAUAUCGGGGAUUCAUCAACUCUCCCACACCAUAUGGAGGCAUUGUCGGUCGAAUAUUAGUCAAGGACAACGGCUCAGAUAUCCAGCACGUCUACGCAAUCCAGAACCAGACAACCUUGUACCCAGUUACACGGUGGAACCCUGAUCAUAGUUUCAAGGUACCGAAGUUGACCACGGAAUUUCUCAAUGGUUCUCUUUCCAGCGAUAUCCCCACGAGGAUUAUGCAAUUAACUGCACGCAUUGCGCCCUUCAAUCCGGCCAGAAACUUCACAGACCAGCCGCGCGUGCAGCGCAUGCUCCGAGAAGCCGGUAUCCACAAAGGCCAGUACACUCCGACAGUUGGAAACUUGACUCUCUUGGCGCAAAAAGCCCUAGCCGACGUCAAAGCAAAUGCAGCCCAGCCAGGACAUAUGGGCAACCUUAAGAACAACUGGCAUGCGCUCAAUCCCUCCGACCAGGGCGAUUACAACAUGGACUACAAAAUGCGAUCCUUCGUGGCGUCCACAGGCUAUCUAGCAUUGGUGGCUACCGAGGUUCUGUACCCUUUUUACGGGGAUGGGAGCAAUUUCAGCAUGGAGCCCAAACAGGCAUAUAUCAUCACCUUCAACAACAAGCCCCCUCAAACAGAAUUCGGGUUUUGGAGUCUCACAGCCUACAAUGCCCGGCAGUUUCUAGUACCGAACCCUCUAAAUCGAUAUGCGGUCGGAGAUCGUUCUAAUCUGACCUAUGCGGAUGGCUCUCUGGUUUAUGGUAGUGGCUCAAAAAACGAAAGUUUUCAAAUUCUCGUACAGUCUGCAAACAUCCCACCGCCACAGAACUGGACGGCAAAGUAA